AUGGCGCUACCCGGCGUUUUACUCGUGCGCCUGAGAGGGCUGAGCAAAAUCGCCAAAUGUGUUUACACAGGAGGCAAAACAGCGUCCAACUGGAGCCAAGAAAUGCGGUGGUACACUACAAAAGCUGGAAGAUUUGAGAAACCCGGUGCUUCCGAUUUUCAGACUAAACGAGAGCUGCUGAAGGAGUUUCCAGAUCCUAAAACCCUCUUGAAUAACACAAUCUCUCGGUCACUGGGAGUCAGUGACCUGUCCCAUCUCAUCCAGUACAGCUACACUGAACAUGUGGGGGUCAAGAAAGCCACUGUCACACUGAUGUGGCCCUGCAAGAUUGAAGAGGAAGGUUAUGCCUCCAAGAGGAGUGAUGCAGAACAACUUGCUGCAGCUGCUGCUUGUCUCAAGCUCAGAGAAAUGGGUGUGAUUGGUCCAAACAAUCAGCUCCCCAGAAGGAGAGCUGGCCAAGGGAGUGGAGGGCUACAUACACCCUUUUACGAUAAUGAGGACAACUCAUGGAGAAAUAAUGUCCGUAUGUCUAAAGCCAAAGCAGAUGAACUCAAACAAUACCAGUCCCCUGUAGAGGACACCUCCAAUGUUGCUGAAGCUCUCUCCCUGUUUCCUCAACCUAAAUCUCUCCUGGGCAGGGUCAUCCAGGUGGCCACAUCAUCGAACAGAAUCAGGGAGCUAAUGAAUUUCCGAACCACUGGAGGGAAGCAAAAGAAAUGUGAACUCACCGUGCUCUGGCCUGAGAAGAUGAAGUUCACAGCUACAGCAAGUAACAGAGUGACAGCAGAGAAGAAAGCUGCAGCUCUCGCCUGCAUGAAAUUGAAGGAGCUAGAGCUGCUGGAUAAAAACAACAAUCCAUUGACUCAUGCCAAGUACAACCAUGAAAAGGUGAGGGAGGCAGGAGAGAGGGAGAGACGCCCCCUCCCACUGGAAAUCCCAAAUUACCUGGAGACUCGUAUGAGGGAGUAUCUCACACAGUACCCGGUGGCAGAAGAAGUGCAGAAAUUGUGGGAGGAGAAUGAAGCAAAAGGAGAGCAGACAGUAGACCAAGGGGAAGAAAAAGAAGAGGAGGACUUGGUGGCAGACGCCAUCACAGGCAGACCAUACAAACCUUUGUCAAAAGAGGAGGCUCAGGAGCUCAAUACCUACCUUCAGGAGGAAUGGGAGCAGGCAAACCCUGUACUGGGUGUGAAACUCCCGGUUGAUGACUACCGUCAGCGUGUGAUCUCGGCUGUGCAGUCUUCCAGGGUGGUGGUGAUCGCCGGUGAAACCGGAUGUGGCAAAACAACACGGAUCCCCCGCUUCCUGCUGGAGGACUGUGUGAGAGGCGGAGAGGGAGCCGACUGCAACAUCCUGGUGACCCAGCCUCGUCGGAUCAGUGCCGUGUCGGUGGCCCAUCGUGUUGCUCAUGAGAUGGGCCCAUCCCUAAGAAACUCUGUGGGACAUCAGGUGAGACUUGACAGCCGACCUCCCGAGCACAGUGGAGGAGCCUUGCUCUUCCUCACAGUGGGCAUCCUGCUGAGGAAGCUGCAGUCGAACCCGUCCCUGAAGGGAAUCAGUCACGUGGUGGUGGAUGAGGUCCACGAGAGAGACAUAAACACAGACCUGCUGCUGGUCUUACUGCGCUCCAGCUUAAAAGAAAACCCCGACCUACGAGUGGUGCUUAUGAGCGCUACUGGGGACAACCAGAGGCUGGCCCAAUACUUUGGAGGCUGCCCAAUCGUGAAGGUGCCAGGGUUCAUGCACCCGGUGAAGGAGAGAUACUUGGAGGAUGUGCUGAGAGAGAUGGGACGCCCACUGCCAGUCCAAGAAAGAGAGGAGACAGACGAGCAGGAAAGAAGAGUUGAGGCAACACCCGAUCUAGAUUUAGUGGCUGAUGUAAUCGAGCACAUUGACAGACAUGGAGAACCAGGUGCAGUGCUGUGUUUUCUCCCUGGAUGGCAGGACAUCAAGGCAGUUCAGGAGAAACUGGAGGGGAAGCCCCACUUUUCCUUGGGCUCACAGAUGAUCCUGCCAUUGCACUCUAGUUUAUCAGUGGCCGACCAGCAGACUGUGUUCCAGCACCCCCAAAAGGGCCAGAGGAAGAUUGUGCUCACCACCAAUAUUGCUGAGACCUCCAUCACCAUAGAUGACAUUGUCCAUGUGGUGGAUGCUGGAACUCACAAAGAACAGAAUUAUGACCCACGGACAAAGGUGUCCUGUUUGGACACAGUUUGGAUAUCCCGCUCUAAUGUCACUCAAAGAAAAGGGAGAGCAGGGCGAUGUCAGCCGGGACAGUCCUACCACCUGUUCCCACGAAAACAGCUGGAAUCCAUGACUCCAUUUCCGAUCCCUGAGAUUCUGCGCACCCCGCUGGAGAGUUUAGUAAUGCAGACCAAAAUCCACAGUCGUAACUGCAAGGCUGAAGAUUUCUUAUCUCAAGUGUUGGACAGUCCAGAGCAAGAAGCUGUGAGAGAAGCUGUCCGAAAUCUACAAGAAAUAGGAGUUCUGGACGGGACAGAAACCCUGACGCCUUUAGGAGAGCGUGUUGCCUGUAUGUCAUGUGACCCUCGGCUGGGCAAAGUGCUGGUCCUGAGUGCCAUGUUCAGGUGUGUUCUGCCCAUGCUGUCUAUAGCUGCCUGUCUGACCAGAGACCCCUUCUACAACAGCUUGCAGAACCGAGCACUAGUCAACAAGGCGAAAGAGGCGCUGAGCGGCUCCAGCUACAGUGACUAUUUGGUGUUCAGUAGAGCUGUGUUAGGCUGGAGGAGAGUUCAGCACGAGGGCAACAGAGAGGACAGAGAUGAAUAUCUGGACACACACACUCUGUCCAGGACCAGCCUUCGAUUCAUCAACGGUCUCAUCUCUCAGUUCAGUGAGAACCUGCAUGACGCUGAGCUGGUUUCUCGUGCCAGUGAGUGCCAGCAUCACGCUUCUCUCUACAAUGAACACAGCAAGCAGGAUGAGCUGCUUAAAGCUGUGCUGCUGGCUGGACUCUAUCCCAACCUCAUUCAGGUGAAGAAAGGUGUGGUUACUAAAGAAGGGCGCUUUCGCCCCAACGGUGUGUUUUUCCGCACACUCGGUGGACCAGUGCUGCUUCACCGCUCCUCAGUCAACAGAGGAGAGGAAGACUUCCCUAGUCGCUGGCUGACAUUCUUCUACGCUGUCAAGUCCAGCGGGCAAGUUUUCAUCAGAGACUCCUCUGUGGUCCAUCCGCUGGCCCUGCUGCUGCUCACAGACUGUGACAUCAAAGAGACAGUGAGAGGAGACAGACUGGAAGUGUCAUUUCCUGGUCGCUCUCUGGUGCACUGUGAGGUGACACUUGAGACGUGGGAGCUGCUGUGGGAGCUACGCACUUCCAUUCAGACCAUGCUGUACCGAAACCUCAACAGUCCCAACAACGCAAUCACCUACUCCUCUCAAGACGGAAAGCUCAUCUCUUUACUCGUAGAGCUGCUCAACAAUACACACUGCAACCCUUUGGCUCAGAAUUACAACAGCGACAGUGAGGUGGAUUGACGAUGAGCACUUUCUACACAUG